CAGCGGCGGUUCGCGCGCUCGGGACUCGGGCUCGUCCUGUGGAGGAGAAGUUGCCCCAUGCACUGCGCGUCUCUGCCCUCCUGCUGCGAGAAGGAUGCUGGUGGCUUUUCACGGCCAGACUCUGCAAGAUUAACCGGGGAUGAAGGAUCGGACCAUGUAACUAGAUCAGAGAUGUUGGCUGUUUAAUGGUGUAUCGUCUCACCUUUGAACUGUGAUUUGGAUUUUGUGUCACUCAUACAACCUUCAGACACUCUUCUGAUGUGUUAAGCAACUUUGCUGAACAGUUUGAUGGAGAACUGGUCGGAUGACAGCUGGAACUGUUGUCAUAACCGGAGGAAUACUGGCCACAGUGAUACUUCUGUGUAUCAUAGCUGUGCUCUGUUACUGUAGACUCCAGUACUACUGCUGUAAAAAGAAUGGGUCUGACAGCGGCUCUAUCUCUCAGCAACACUUUGCCUGCAAUGCCUGCAGUGUGUCUGGCUUGGACGGAUCGAUCAUCACCCCAUUGUCCCUGUCCCCGCCGGAGCCGCCCAAGUCCUCCAACCCCGGCAAAGCCACCAGGGGGCGGCGCAGCUAUUGCCCCAGCUGCUCACCCUACGACUCACCCUUCUACAUCCGAACCACUGAUGAGAUGCGCAAUGGUGGCGAGCGUAUCACCUACAUGCCAACACACUAUGACAACCAGGCGCUGGCAAUGCCGCUGCCUGCAGUCCGCGGUUCCCUGCUGAGGGAUGCUCAUCGAAGCCGACCCCCUGAGUUCUACACCAACACCCGAGCCAUCAGCACCGAGGUGUGACCACCCUGAGGCACUCCUUCAUGCUCAUCCACUCACAAGCACUCAUCCCUUCAUUCUC